ACCCCAGGCAGCCCCCACCCCUUGGCUGCCGUAAAGCCGCCUGCGCAUUCGCGACAGUUAGAGGAGGCGUGCCGAUCGAGGCUGGGAGUCGCCUCCAAUUGGCCCUACUUACUUUCCCCUCGGCUUCCCCCCUGUGGCUUCCGAUGCUCCGCCCCUGGCGGAGGGACUCGAAGCGGUUGCUAAGAGACAGUGAACGCUAAGGGGGCUUCUGCGCAUGCGGGGGGAGGGACUAGCGUGUACUCUCCGUGAACUACGGUGGCCGGGCAGGGGCCGGUGGUCGCUGGAAUGGCGGUGGGAAGGCUGAGUGUCUAGAGCCAGAUCCCUGGCAGGAGCCAGAUCCCUGGCAGGCUAGACAGAUCUCUCGCAUUCAUCCAGUAUAGCUGCCCUCAAAGCCUCUCAACAUUCUGAGCACCCUUCCUUCCCCGGACACUUUGCUUUGUCAGUGCCUCUUAAAAGCUCGGUGUCGGAAGGUACACCUUCUUCCAGACCAGCGUGGUGAUGCAGCUUGAGAUGUACCAACCUUGGAGCAGCCACUUCAGAAAAGAAAGUGUGAUUUUACUGAAGAAACAUCUUAGAGAUUCGUCGCACUUCUAAGAUUCAUAUUUACACUUUGGAGUUGUCAGCCUUCUUAUAAGAUAUAUUUUGGUAAUCAAAAUGAAAGCUUUCUUUGAAGUUUUAGAACAAUUAUACAAGAAGGUACUUUUUGGAGCCACACUUGAAAGUGACAGCCAUAAUUACAUCAUUUAUCUCAACCCAGCGUUUUCAGACCAAGAUUGCUCUACGACCGCCUCCUCAGAAUGCUCGGACACCCUUGGUGUCCAGGGCAAGUGUCAGCCAUCCUCUCUCAGUGUCGCUACCAUUUCUGUAGCACCUGUGUGUUUGAAGAGAUGCCCUGAGAUGAGCAGUGCCCGAGAAACAGUGCUCCUUCAGUUAACGGUGAUCAAAGUGAUGGUAACCAGAAUAUUGUCUGUCGAAACAGAGUUCCAUGCAAAGGAGAAAUACAGAGAAAUAAUUAAAAUUCUUUUAAAGUCGUCCGAUGUUGAUUCUAAAUUAACCUGUAUGUUCCAAAACUCAGAUAAAUUGUUAUGUCACAUGGCUGCCAAGUGCCUUGCAUUACUUCUUUAUUUCCAGUUGAGAGAAAAGAUAACAUUAAAUAAUUCCUGGAUUUCUUUUUGCCAAAAAAAUCUUUCUGAAUACUCUGAAAGUGAUAAAGUAGUAUACUGCCUCUGGACUCUUACUGCUGUAAUAAAAGAAAUCUUUAAAGAUACAUGUUCACAAAAAACAGAAAUUCUAAAGCAGUUCCUGACUCCUUUUCACACUCUUUUUGAAGUUUUUUACAAUUCCUUAUUUUCUCAGCAUUUUGAAAACCACAAAGAUACUUCUAAAAUAAUAAACAGUUUGAUAUGUUUCCUGGAAUUGCUUGAACUUCUUAUAGCCUCCAGAAUCCACCUGAAGUUACAUUUCACUUGCCAGAGGAUUUUAUUUUUGAAACCUUCUUGUGUGCUAGACGUUAUUACCUGGCCUGUUCCAGCUUUUGUCAAAAGGAAGUUCAUCAUAUUCAUCAAGAAGUGCCUUCUCCAGAAAGUGGGUGAAGACCUUUGUCGGGGAUCUGUCCUUGCCUUCGUGCUGCCAGAUCGUCGUUUAGAUGUGGACUUGCUGGCUUUAGCUGAUGCUGUUUUGCAAGCUGUGGAUUUGGGCUUAUUGACGACAUUGUCUGUCCACGGAAAACCUUCCUGCUUUGGAGGCGGUGCAGUUCAGCCUGGACGUGAGCGUGUCCCUGGUCCAGAUCAUGUGGUCCUUAGAGCAGCGAGCUUACUUAUUAUUAAAUCCUUAGAAAUCAAGUUUCAAAACUGUGCUUCAGCAAAUCAAAUGAAAGUUGAUUUACAGAGGUUCAUGUCUGAGUUACUGACCUUCUUAAAGCCUCACCUUCAGCCCUCUCUGCAAUCACACAGUCACUGUGAGUGGUUGUCUCGAGUCUUCAUAGAACAAGACGAUGACAUGCUGGAGGCUGCCAAAGCAUCAUUGGGCAUCUACCUGAAGUUGACCAGAGAAUGUGAAGCUACUGAAAGCUUGACCCAAGAAAAAGAAAUGUGGAACCAUCACACACAUGAAAAUGGCUAUAAUCCACACUGUAUUUUCUUAUUCUUAUUAAAAAAUAUAGGAUUUGAUUCUACAGUUCUUCUUGACUUUUUGAUUUCAUCAGAAACCUGUUUUCUUGAAUAUUUUGUUAGAUAUUUAAAAUUACUGCAAAAAGACUGGGAUAAUUUUUUCACCAUUUGCAAGUACUUUGAUGUAACUGAAUCUAAAGAUAGCAUAAACAUUUGUGGUUGUAUCUUCUCACUUGUCCAAGACAAAAGCAGCAACCAAACAGGACCUAGUCCUUUGGCUGCUCUUGGUAGUCACAGAAAUGCUCAUGCUUGGGUCUCCUGGGCUUCUGAUGCUGCUUCUGAACCAGUGAACCAGGUCGUGAUAUCCGAGGAGACCCACGUCACACCCCAGGCUAAUAGUCUGUCUCCCACACGAGCUUCUCAAAGUCUGGUAGAUUAUGACAGCUCUGAUGAUUCUGAAGUAGAAUCCACAGACCAAAGUUUAUCAAGUGGUGAACAGACAUCUUUAUACCAAGAAGCAAUGAAGAAAAUUCAGGACACAGUUGGAACAAGUAGGAAUAAAAAAGAACUUAGCCUGGAGCUUCAGUCAAGGCCUCUGGUUCCUAAAGAAUCUAAUACUCCCUUUUCUGUUGAUUGUGACAUAGCCCCAAAUAACAUUGUCUCUGAAGUGGGAAUAUCUUACAGAACAGUAAAAUGCUUUGAAGAGCUACAAGGAGCCAUUUACCGUUUGCAGAAGAAAAAUCUUUUCCCAUAUAAUCCAACAGCGCUUUUGAAGUUGUUAAAACAUAUUGAUGCAAUAUAUAAUAAAAAUAUGAACCGUUUGUAAAACAGUGGCGUUUUAUUUCCAGGAACUAUUCUUUCCUAAUAUAAAUUGUGCCUCAAUGAGAUAAUAGUAAACAAAAGAAACAUCAAAAGGGUUUUCUAAAUCAAGUCUUGCUGCUUUUUGGAAGCAACCUAGUGACUGAAAGAGAUAUAUCAAAUAACAAGUUACUCGAUACUGUUGCAUACCACCUGAAAUUUAUGGUAGUUCAAACUUAUACAGAUUUGGGAUGGUUAUUGUAUUAGUUUGCUAGGGCUGUUAUAACAGAUUAUCACAAACUUGGCAGCAUAAAACAACAGAAAUUUAUUCUCUCACAGUUCUGGAGGCUAGAAGUCCAAAAUCAAGGUUAAUAGGGCCAUGCUUUCCACCAAGGCUCUGGGGGAGAAUCCUUCCCUGCCUCUCCUUCCCGCCUCUUGCUAGCUUCUGGCAAUUGCUGGCAGUCUAUGGUAUUCCUUGACUUGUAGCUGCCUCACUCCAAUCUCUUCCUCCAUUGUCACAUGACAUUUUCCCUGUUUGUGUGUCUGUAUCCAGCUUCCCUCUUAUAAGAACACCAGUCAUUGGAUUAGGGCCCACUCUCAUCCGGUAUGACCUCAUCUUAAUUUGAUUACAUCAGUAAGAACCCUACUUCCAAAUAAGGUCACAUUCACAAGUUCUGGAUGGACAUGAAUUUUGGGAGGGACACUAUGUAACCCAGUACAGUUAUUAUUUCCCCCGAGGUAUUUACAUGUAAUGUGAUAUGUAAAAAGUUUAAAAUCCUAGUUUUUUUUAAGAGUGGUGAUUAGCUCUGUGCAUAUGUAUGUAUAUGGUUUAUGAACAUGAGUCUAAUUUUUAAAAAAUUUUUAGUUACUAGGUAAUUUUCCUA